GAGCCAGCGGGGAAGAAAGAAGCCGAGCGGGCGGAAGGCGCCCUCCCCGCCGCCUGGGCCCGGGCACCGGGUGCCGGGCGCGGGGUCCUCCUUCCCGCCUCCCGCGGUCGCCGGUCGCUUUGUUUCCCCCGCCUCUGCGCUCCGGGCUACUCAAGAGGGGCUCCCGCCGGGGCUGCACAGGGAACGCGGCGGCAGGAAGGGCGGCCGACCGCGCCGGCGACUCGCAGGGACCCAGGAGUCCGGCCGCCGAGAGGGCCGCGUGACGAGAUCCAGGAGGGAGCCAGAGCUUUGCCGCUCAGGGGUGCGGGCCGGGGGCGUCCGUGAGCAGAGACCUCCCCGUCGAGGGGGGGCGAUGUUCCCCUCGCCCGUGGGCUCUUCGGGCAGCCAGGGCAUCCCGCCGCUGGGACCAGCGCCCCCUCAGUGGGCACCCCCCCCAGGCCGUUCCAUGGAGACUCUGUGCCAGGCUCCCCGCCUCGCAGUGCCAGCGUCCCCGCGAGGGUCGCCCUGCUCCCCCACACCCCGGAAGCCGCGUCGGGGGACCCAGGAGUUCUCUCCGCUGUGCCUCCGUGCCCUUGCCUUCUGCGCCCUUGCCAAACCCCGAGCGUCCUCUCUGGGCCUGGGGCCUGGGGAGCCGGCGCCGCGGGCCCCGGUGCUGCUGGGCCCUCGCGCCCCCCCGUGCACAGGCGGCUGGGCCCCGGAUGGCCUGAAGCACCUCACGGGACAGGCCGGACGGUCCAGCGAUCCGAGCUCCCGGGCCGGCCAGGAUGCCGACGCCGCAGUGUGCCCGGGCCGCGGCGAGGAGGAAGAGGGCGGAGGCAGUUUCCCGCACUUCGGCGCUCGUUCCAGCGGACCUCCGGGCCGCUGCCCGGCGCCUCGGAGCCCUCGGGAAUCUCCGACCAGCUCCGCCUCGGCUCCGCCUAGGCCAGUCCCGGGUCUCGAUUCUCAGCCUGGCCCCGCCGCUGCCAGCCCGCUUCGGGAGCCCGAUUCCCGGCCUUCGCCGCCACCUGCGGGCCUCUCCAUCGAGCCCGCGGGGUCCGAGGCUGCGCCGGAGCCGCCCCUGUCAGGCCAGACGACCGCAGUCGAUGGAACCCCCCCGCAGGCCGCCCCCGAGGCACCCGCCACUAGCCCCUCGACGGCCGGUGGAGCUCCGGCCACGCCGGGCGAUCUCCGUCAGGAACAUUUCGAUCGUCUGAUCCGCAGGUCGAAACUUUGGUGUUAUGCUAAGGGCUUCGCCCUCGACACUCCGAGUUUACGCCGGGGGCCCGAGCGGCCGCUAGCAAAAGGGCCCUCCCGGGGAGCCGCCAAGAAACGCCGGCGCCCCGCGCCCCCCCACCGCAGCGCGCAGCCCCGCCGCCCUGCACCGACGCUGCCCACCACCAGCACCUUCAGCCUCCUCGACUGCUUCCCCUGCCCCCCGGCCCUUGUGGUGGGCGAGGACGGAGACUUAGGACCGGCAUCCUCACUUCGCCUCCAUGGAGACUCUAAGCCCCCGCCUGCUCACCCGCUGUGGAGGUGGCAGAUGGGGGGUCCCGCUGUCCCCGAGCCCCCCGGCGUCAAAUUCUGGGGGAUCAACCUGGAGGAACUCUGAGUGCGAGACCUCUUUUGCCAAGAGGGAAAAGUUGGGGCCAUAGCCAAACUGCGGACGCUAGGAUAGAGCCUGGUUUCUCACGUUUGCCUGACUCCUUCAUGUUUUAUGGGCUGUGGUCUAAGGGACCUCAAAUGACAGUGAUCGUUAAGCACCUAACUGAUUGGGGUGACACCCCCUCCCCCUCAUCCUUUGGAGACGAACGAAGGGCUGGAGUCUGGAGAAGGCUUAACGGAAAAAGGCUUAAUGACAGAUUCCAGUCCCUCCCCGCUUCCAUCUCGGAUCUCUGGGGGCAGGGCCUUCACCCCAGGGGGAGCAAAGGAGGCCACCGCUCAAAGACAAGGAAAAAAAGAGGGAGAGAGACCUUGGUGAUGGACAAACCGGUUGUUUCUGUGGGCGAGCCUGGGGGUGAGGGGGCUGUGGUGGGGGUGGGGAGGUGAUUGGCAGCUCCCUGGGGGCAUCCCCCACCCCCACCAUCUAGGUCUUUAACCCUUCACUCCCCUCAGGCCUUCCCCAGCACUCCAAGCACCAAGGAGCUCUCAUAGGGGAAGGGGCAGCUUGAGCAAGGGGAUGAUCAUUACCUUCCUAGGGCCCCCCAAGUCAGGUGACCCCUAAUUGGCGAGAUCUUAAGUCUCAGCCACCAACCUCUCCCUUUUGUCCAGUUUUGGAGUUUCCUCCUUCAAUUUUCCUGUUUGCUUUCAGUUUAUAAUGUCUGAUGGGUAAAAGAGGACGCCCCUUGAUAAACCAACUCCCUCUCCCAAUUUACCUCCCAUUUGAGGGAGGGCGAGGCUGAGGUACCUCCUCCCCUCCAAAAGUGCAGGCUUUGCCUGGGGAAGGGGCCGGAGACUGUCCCAGGGAAAGUAAUGGAAGGUGGAAGAAAUCAAUAAAAUCAGACCAAACAAGUUGCCCUUCGAGGUCCUCUCCACCGAUUUAUGGAUGGGAGGGAGUGGAGGUAGAGGGCAGGCCUGGGUCCAUUUUUUGGACAUCCAAACUCAGCCCCCUUAAAGUGUAGAAACAAGACAAGCUGCUCUUUGUGGAAGGGGUAAAUGAAAGGGCUCUUGGCCUAACCACAAGAUCCGAUGGGGUUUGAAGGGGCAAAGUUUGGGUUUGGGUGAAAGCUGGGCUGAGGUACCUUCAGCUUCCCCCUUCACUUCAGGCAUUUCGGGAGUUGUCAGGGACCUGAUGGAUCCGAAGGGGCCAGGGCCAGGGGAUUAGUUUUGAGGUCAGAGGUUCUGUUUUCUCCGGGGCGGGGGAGGGGAGAGCUAGGCCUGGACCACGCCCUCUGGCUGGGAGGAUCCCCUAGAGUCUGGGAGGGGUGGAGUCGUUUUCUCCACCCAGGUGAGGUCUAGAAAGGUUAGCUCCUAGGGAGAUUCCAAGUUUAGGUGUGGGGGGAACCUGGAGGUUGAGGAUCUGCGCAACCCAGUGACCCUUCUGUCCACAUCAGUGAAUAGCGCCUCCUUUCCCCCCAAACGGGGGGGAGGGAGGAACAAUUCCCACAUAUGAUACUGGGGAAGGACUUGUCUCCUUUUCUGUGAAAAUGCUUUGUAAAAAAGUAUUAAUAAUUGUUUGCAUAGAGCAGAUUCUUGAGAAAAACUGUUUUG